AAUCAGAGUGGUAAGUGACAGUUAUGUUUCUGUUGAGUUGCCACCAUGUAGACUGAGCUUGUAAUUGGUCGGGUACCUUUAGAGAAGCAAGAGGAUGACCCAGCUCGUGCAAUACGCUAUAUAAAGCUGUCAAGGGGAGGAGUCCCCGGGCUUCAAAGUCACCGCUGUACAUAUAUUUGUCGGCCCCUCUUGGGACGUUUGAUUCAAAGGAUUGGCUGUCCCUCGGGGUCCUCGCUCACCAUGCCAACCAAACCAGCUCUCAUCAAGAAAGCCCCGUCCAAGAAGGUAGCGCCUAAGAAAGCUGCUCCUGCCCCCGUUCCGGAGCCCACGCCAGCUCCCGCCGAGCCGGCUCCGGCUGAUCCAGCCCCAGCCCCAGCAGAGGCGGCACCUGCCGAAGCUGCCCCCGCUGCUCCCGAGGCUGCCCCGGCUCCCGAAGCGGCACCUCCAGCCGAAGGGGAAGCCGCUCCCGCCCCCCCUGCUGAAGCCGCUGCUGCUGCUCCUGUAGAGGAACCUGCUGCACCUGCGCAGACAGAAGCCGCCGCUGACGAAGAACCCGCUGCCGCUGCUGCUGCCGCUGACGCUGCACCCGCCGAAGACAAGCCAGCUGAGGCCGUCCCCGUCCCUACCCCAGAAGAAGCUGCUGCUCCCGCUGUACCGGACGCUGAAAAACCAGCUGAUGCCACACCAGCCCCUGCUGUAGAACCUGUUGCUGUAGCUGCUCCAGACGCUAAGAAACCAGCCGAUGUCGCCGCUGCCACUGAAGAACCCGUUGCCCCCACUGCUCCGGAGGCUGAAAAACCAGCCGCCGCCGCCACCACCACUGAAGACCCUGCGGCUGCUGCCCCUGCGCCGGAUGCUCCGCCACCAGCAGAUGCCGCCACCGCCAUUCCUGCCGCGGAGGAAACUGCUGCUCCUGCUGCUGCGCCAGAAACUGAGACACCUGCGCCGGACGCUGAAACACCUGCGCAUGCCACCGCCGCCGCCGCUGCCCCUGUCGCUGAAGAGGUCACUGCUCCCGCUGCCCCCGAAGCUCCUGCUGACGCUGCCGCCGCUGCUCCUGCUGCCGAAGACGCCGCAGCCCCAGCUGCCCCUGAAGCGUUGGCAGAGGCGCCCGCUGCCGACGCUCCCCCUGCUGAAGCACCAGCUGCCGAUGCAGCUCCCGCGGAAGCACCAGCUGCCGACGCACCUCUCGCAGAAGCACCAGCUGCCGAUGCACCUCCCGCAGAAGCACCAGCUGCCGAUGCAGCUCCCGCGGAAGCACCAGCUGCCGAUGCACCUCCCGCGGAAGCACCAGCUGCCGAUGCACCUCCCGCGGAAGCACCUCCUGCAGAGGAGCCCAAGCCUCCUACACCCCCUCCCCCAGCAGUUCCCACCAGUGAACCUGUGAACCUGACUAUUGAAGAUGUUAAUGAUAGCUCAGUUACAAUCAAGUGGAGGCCACCAGAGACCAUUGGUGAUUCCGGUCUGGAUGGGUACACUGUGGAGUAUUGCAAAGACCAAACAACCGAUUGGGUGGUGGUGAACGAGAAGCUGACGGAGGCCAAUCGCAUGGUCAUCGGCGACCUGACGAAGGGGGACGUCCUGCACAUCCGUGUGGUGGCUGUCAACGCUGGGGGCCCGAGCCCCCCCGCUGCGCUGGCUGAGCCCGUCAAAGUCACAGAGAUUGUGGAGCGUCCCAAAAUCCGCGUGCCGCGCUCCCUGAGGGCGAGACUCGUCAAGCAGGCCGGCGAGCAGGUCAACCUUGUCAUCCCCUUCAACGGCAAGCCAAAGCCUCUGGUGUCUUGGACGAAGGAUGGCGAGCCGUUGGACGCCAAGAAGGCCAGCGUGCGCACCGGCGACAGUGACAGCAUCCUGUUCAUCCGGAAGGCGGAGAGGGACCACUCCGGCAAGUACGAGUUGUCCGUCAAGGUGGAGAGCUUUGAGGACAAGGCCUCCAUCGUCAUCCAGGUCGUAGACCUGCCCGGCCCCCCCACCAGCAUGAAGCUUGUGGACAGUUGGGGUUUCAAUGCGGCCCUGGAGUGGACCCCACCCAAGGACACUGGCAACACGGAAAUCACUGGCUAUACCAUCCAGAAGUCCGACAAAAAGACUGGGGAGUGGUUCACCGUCCUGGAGCACUACCACCAGCUCAACGCCACCAUCUCCGACCUCAUCAUGGGGAACUCGUACAGCUUCCGCGUCUUCGCCGAGAACAAGUGCGGCCGGGGCGAGGAGGCGGCCGCCACCAAGACGCUGGCCACCGUCCAGAAGAUCGGUAUGGUCUACAUACCGCCGGAGUACCAGGAGCACGACUUCAGCGAGGCCCCCAAGUUCACGGCGCCCCUGAGCGACAGGGCGGCGACGGUGGGCUACACCACCAGGCUGCUGUGUGCCGUGCGCGGUUCUCCCAAGCCCAAGAUCGAAUGGCUGAAGAACCAGAUGGUCAUUGGUGACGACCCCAAGUUCCGGCAGAUCAGCAACCAGGGCGUCUGCUCGCUGGAGAUCCGCAAGCCGUGCAGCUUCGACGGCGGCAUCUACUCCUGCCGGGCGCGCAACGCCCACGGGGAGGCCACCGUGGCCUGCAAGCUGGAGGUCAAACAGGUCAUCCUUGCUGAGGCUGACAAGGACAAAAAAUAAACCCUCAUGCUGUAACAUGCACACAGAUGCAAAUUAGGACCAGCAGGAGCCAGACCCACAACAGAAGUUAACGAUGUAGGAUCUUCCAGGACGUUUAUGGAGGUGAUCGAAGGGAGAACAGAAAUGUGUAAAUAUAAAGGAAGAAAAAAGAAUGUUUAUUGAGUUCACCUGGAGUACAGGUACUUUGUGAGUUCAGAAAGCCAGAUCCUUGACACUGACCUUUUUGCUCAGAAAAAUAAUAAUACACUUCUUAGAAAAUUACACGACUAAACACUAUGUAGAGACGGAACCAGGUAUUCGCAGGUAUUUAUUCCUGGCUGUGUCCUCUAUUCUGGUUGCAUAAGUAGUUGUACCCAAUAAAUGAGUAAGUCACAUGAACACUGUAUCAAAAUGGACACUGUAUUAAAAUGCACGGAUGUUUAUUAAAAUUCAUAUUUUCAUUCUACACUCGU